AUGAAUACCCUCGAAAAAGCAACAUUCGCGGCCGGUUGUUUCUGGGGCGUCGAACAUAUUUUUGCUAAAAAUUUCGAUAUUAAAACAAGAGUUGGCUUCAUUGGUGGAAAAGUGGAGAAUCCUUCGUAUAAAAAAGUAUGCACCGGCGAAACGAACCAUGCCGAAGCCUGUCAGAUCCUUUACGACCCUAGCAAAAUUUCAUACGCCACCCUCGUAGAAUUCUUCUACAAAACUCACGAUGCCAGCACACUAAAUCGCCAAGGGAACGAUAAUGGCACACAAUAUCGAUCAGCGAUAUUUUAUCAUUCAGAAGAACAAAAACGAAUUGCUGAAGAGGUGACCAAGAAAGUACAGGAGAAAAUUAACAAGGAAAAAGAUAUCUAUUCGGGAGAUAAGAUUGUCACAACAAUUGAAGAGGCGGGAGAGUUUUAUGACGCUGAGGAGAUGCAUCAGAAGUAUUUGGAUAAAGUUCCAAACGGAUAUCAGUGUGCAACUCAUUACAUUAGAUGGUAA